AUGUCUCUCCAAUACAACUUCAGCGGUAAAGUAGUGCUGAUCACAGGCUCGAGUGCGGGUAUCGGUGCCGCCACUGCCGUACAGUUCUCCAGAGCCGGUGCUAAUGUUGUGGUCACCGGUAGACGAGCCGAUAAA